CAGUCCUCGGUCGGAGCUCUGGGCGAGAAAGAAGAAGAAAAGAGCGAUUUGCAAAGGCGAAGAUGACGAUGCUCAUGACGGCGGCGGCCGGUACUUGUGACAGCAGAUGGAACAUGGCAUCCUUAAGCGCUGCUUUCCCUAGUCCCUCUCUGCAUUCUUCUCAUCCUCCUAUUGCCCGCAUGCGAUUCCAAUCCUCUCGCACCUCCCACGCCAUCGCCGUCGCUCGCCGCAGCUCGCCGCUGCACUCGUUUGCCGGACUUGCUCCUCUUAACCCUCUCCUUUCCCUUGGGUUUACUGAACAUGCUAGCAACCAUUGCUUCCCUUCCAUUGAUAAUGGGUCACGAUUCUACGCAAUGCGACAUGGGAAACGAAUUGCGAGGCUCAAUCGGCCUCCGGACCAACGCAAAGCAUUGCUGAGAGGCCUGACUACGCAGUUGUUGAAGCACGGUAGGAUCAAAACCACUAGAGCUCGGGCUAGCGCCAUGAGGAAGUUUGUUGACAAGAUGAUUACGUUAGCCAAGGAUGGGUCGCUUCACAAGAGGAGACAGGCACUGGGGUUCAUUUACGAGAAGCAGAUUGUGCAUGCCUUGUUCGCCGAAGUCCCGGAUAGAUAUGGGGAAAGAAAUGGCGGAUACACUAGAAUUAUCAGAACUCUGCCCAGGCGCGGGGACAAUGCCCCCAUGGCAUACAUUGAACUCGUCUAGGUACUUUUUCUCGGAAUGAAUCCCCAUCCUUGAUAUCGAAUCAAAAUGGCCUGUGUGC